GUAAAAGAAGAGGAAGUGAAGAAGUGAGGAAGUGGUAGCGCUGGUGGAAAACUGACUACUGGACAGCACAGUUGCUAGUAUCUGCUGUCCGUAAUAACACCCGCUUUGCGUUGAACAAUCUUUACUAUCGUGUCCAAAAUGUCUAAAAAUGCACUUUCCGACCGGUUUAGAAAAGUAGACGUUGAUGAAUACGACGAGAAUAAGUUUGUGGACGAGGAAGAAGGAGGAGAGAACCAGGCUGGUCCGGACGAUGCAGAAGUAGACUCUUUACUCAGACAGGGGAACAUGAAUGCAGCUCUCCAAGCAGUGCUAAAGAAUCCUCCAAUCAACACCAAGAACCAGGUCGCCAAGGAGCGAGCCGAGCAGCUGGUGGUCAAAGUGCUGAGCAGUUUUAAGAGCGGCGACAUAGAGAAGGCCGUGGGCUCGCUGGACAAAGCUGGAGUGGACCUGCUGAUGAAAUACAUCUACAGAGGCUUCGAAACCCCGUCGGACAACAGCAGCGCCGUGCUGCUGCAGUGGCAUGAAAAGGCUCUGGCGGUGGGAGGAGUGGGCUCUAUUGUCAGAGUCCUGACUGCCAGGAAGACAGUCUGAUCCUCGCGGAAAUUCUUUCUGCAAAACCGGCAUUAGACAGUAAUCUGGCCAAACACAAGAUCACUAGGGCUUCCUGUUUUUUGGACAUGAUUCCUGUUUAUUUUUAUACUGAAGCUGAGUGCCCUCCGCUCUUCUUUCCUCUGUUUUUUUCUUCUUCUGCAUUCACUAUUUUCAAUCACACCUCUGGAAUUUAGAAGUGCUGGCAGACAGACAGACAGACAGACAGACAGGUGCUGGCACCUUAAACUGUCUCUGUGUGUGUUUGUGUGUGCACCACCAAGAGAGAACAGACACAUUUCAGACGCUUCACUCGGACACAUUCUCUCCAAAGCAGCUCUACGCUCUUUUUUUCCAAACUGCCUCCCUGCUGCUCCGAUGCCUCAGCGCUCCUCCUCCUCCUCUACUCUCCUUCUGUCCUCGUCCUCUCUUUCUCUCUGAGUCAUCCAGGUUGAGGAAAUGGAAAAGUUUGCUCCUGGACGGACUGCCAGAGACUGGUUGACCUGUCCAGGGUGUUUUCCCUGCCUUUUGCCCAGUGCAUGCUGGGACUGGAGUGCUUUUUUUUCAUCAUUCUAACUUUGUGAACUUCUUUGAUUAUUGACUUUUUUUUUUUUCUACUUACACCACAUUGUUGUGUGUAGCCUGACUUUCAUGUUAUACUGCGUACAUUUUUUUUUUUUAUAUAUAUAUCUGAAAGAAGCAACAAAAUAAAGUACUAAAGC